CGGGGCGCUCCCGGUGCCCGGCACGGGACGGGCUGGGACCCGCUCCGCUCUGCGCGGGGCCGCCGAGUCGCUGCCGCUGCGGUGCCGGUCCGGGUCCGCGCCGCCGCUCCUGGUCCCGCCGGUCCCGGUGCCCUGCCGGUCUCGGUCCCGGUUCCGGUUCCGUUCCGCGCCGUGCUGCCAGCACCGGCACACAGCUCCCCUCUCCUCUUCAGCACCAUGGCCUGCCAAGAGAGUGAGUACCUGGAUGACCAGAAGAAAUGUGUCCCCUGCAGAAAGUGCAUGCCUGGGCAGGAGCUUUCCAAGGACUGCGGGGACGGCAGCGGCGGGGACGCGCAGUGCGUGGCCUGCCCUCCCAGGAAGUUCAAGGACCGCUGGGGACACCACGGCUGCAAGCCCUGCCUGUCCUGUGCCCUCAUCAAUCGCCUCCAGAAGUCCAACUGCAGCGCCACGGCCGACGCCGUGUGCGGGGAGUGCCUGCCGGGGUUCUACAGGAAGGCUCGGAUCAGCGGGCAGCUGGAGUGGGAGUGCAUUCCCUGCACCAAGCAGACACCGUCCUCUGAGCCACAGUGUCGGUCCAGAACGAGCCUGGUGAAGGUUGCUGUCCCUACUGUACCACCACAGGACACAGCCCUUCUUGCACUGACCAGCAGUGCCCUGGUCAUCAUCGUCCUGGUGCUUCUGGCACUUUCCAUCAUCUACUGCAAGCGAUUCUGGAAAAGCCAGUGCCAGAGAGUCUUCCUGAGGACUCAGAACUUCUCGGGCCAGCGAGCAACGUUCCCAACUGCAGCAGCACCUGGCAGGUUCCUGUGUGAGGAGCAGAUGUCUGGACCCUGCUGCCUGGGUGUGAAGAAUUUGAGCCCUUGCUACAGGCAGGCAGAAGGCCCCGUGGAAGCAGUGCAGUUCAUUUCGGAUGGGGAAGCCGUGGGUCUCCAGCUCCCCUCUCUCCAGCCAGAGAUGGACUUGCCACCAGCCAUUGCAGUCAGCACUGCCUCCAAGGCCCAGCUGGGCAGGAGCCUCCUGGAAAGCCAGCCCCUCAUCCGUGCCUCAGGCCACAGUGAGUGCCUGGACGGGGUCCUGCUGCCCCCCACGCCCAGGCAGGGCCGGCCGGGCACGGUGGAGGCGCUGGCCCCCCUCUCCUCCUGUGCCUCUGAGAUGCAGCACAAGUGGCCACAUGCACCUGUGGAGUGCACUGAGCUGGACCUGCAGAAGUUCUCCAGCCAGGCUGAGUUUGUGGGAGGUGAGCGGCUGGAGGAUGCAGCGAGCCGGGCCAUGAAGAGGAUUCCAGCAGAGAGCGCUGGGGGGGUGCAGGAGGGGGCUCAUCACCUGCCCACGGCCGAAAUCCCACCUGGGGAGCAGCUGGUGGAUGAUGCCCAGAGCCUCGUGACUCAGAUCAGCAGCACGGCCAAAGGUCUCCCCAUAGCAGAGCUGCCCCGUUCCCUGGUGCAGUCACUCGCCUCCUUGCUGGACCCUUCCUCGAACGGCGUGAAGAACUUCAGCCACGUGGCGCUGGAGCUGGGGCUGGCGCCGCAGCUGCUGGGCCGGAUCUCGGGCUUUGAGCAGCUGGUGGCACAGCUGGGGCAGGCGGGGGGCGCGGCCACCGUCCCGCUGCUGGCGCGGGCGCUGCAGCGGCUCCAGCGCCUCGACGCCCUGCUGCUGCUCUGCGACCACCUGAGCGCCAGCCCCGCGCCUGGGCAGCGCUAGGGAGGGGCACCGAGGAGCACCACGCGCUGUGACUGUGGGACAGCACCCUGCAGUCGUGUAAGCACACAGCUACAGUGUGGGACAGCACCCUGCAGUCGUGUAAGCACACAGCUACAGUGUGGGACAGCACCCUGCAGUCGUGUAAGCACACAGCUACAGUGUGGGACAGCACCCUGCAGUCGUGUAAACACACAGCUACAGUGUGGGACAGCACCCUGCAGUCGUGUAAACACACAGCUACAGUGUGGGACAGCACCCUGCAGUCGUGUAAAUCGUGUGGGACAGCACCCUGCAGUCGUGUAAAUCGUGUGGGACACCAUCCUGCAGUCGUGUAAACGCACUGUUACCGUGUGGGACACCAUUCUGCAGUCACAUUACCGACCUGAGUGCACGGCAGGAGGGCACAGAGAUGGUCUCCUCAUCACGGAAUGGAAGGACACAACGGGGCUUCUCUGUGCUGGGGUUCCAGGCAGCACAGCUGUGCCUUUUCCCUGCUCCAGAGGCUGUGGUACUUGCCUGCCAGUGCUGUGCUGCCCAUGCUGUGGUGCUCUGGCUCUGCAGUGAGCCCUGUCCUGCCCUGCUGUUGCCAUGGGGUCCAUGGGCAGUGCCCUCCUCUGAGCCCAGACAUCUCCUCCCUUCCAUUCCUUCCUCUGGCCCGUGCUCUGCUUUCCCAGGUGCCAUUGCCACUUUCUCCAUUGCUUCUCUCCCUCUGCACUGCCAUUUCCUUGGCAGAGGACCUGACCAUGGCUGAUGUGCCAGGCUCCAGCCUUUUCCCCCCUGUGCCAGCCUGGCACCUUCCUCUUGUGUCCAUUUGUGGUGCAGUGUAUCCUGCAUGAGUUUUGGACUGAUUCUCGGGAUGGGCUGAUGUAAGUCCUCGUUGGGCUGUGGUGUUGGCCAUGGGCAGGUGCUGGCUCACCCCAGCCCUGUGGCUGUUCACUGCCCAUUGCCUCCAAGGCUUCUCAAACCACUGUGGUGCCACAGGGUGUCAGGGGCAGGGACACUGCACCAUGAGUGGCAGCUGAGGGCUGAAGCUGUGGUCACAGGCAGCAGUGAUGUUCCUGUGCCAGCCACAGCAGGAGCUCCUCCAGAAGCUCCUCCUCUUAAAAUAAUAUUUUUCUUUUUUUUUUUUCCUGCCUAAAAAUGGCCUGAUUUCUCAUUCCUGGGAGUUGCUACUGGGAAGGGGGAGCACCCUUCUGCUUGGUAUUUCACCCUGGGGGAUUUGUCAUAACUUGCCACGGUGUUGCUGUCACCGGUGACCCUGAUGUCAGUGUGGUGCCGAGCCGGGGGGCUGCAGGCAGCUGGGCUGUUCUCAGUCUGCCCUGGCCACUGGGGCUGUGCUGGUGGCAGGAGCAGGGGUGCAGGGCACGUUCCUGAGCGGGGCAGAGCGGCGUGGGGGCGGCCAGGCACGCGGGGGCAGAGCAGCUGCGGCGCUGCCAGCACAGGGCUGGGCUUCCAUCCCUCUGAGCCACUCCCUGCUCUUUGUGCUGCCUUCCAGCUCAGGAUAUUCUGUGAUAAGUGUCACCCUAGCUGUGCCCCGACUCCCAGACAGCAUCACUGAGCUGGUGCUGCUCGCUCUGCCUCUUGCUUUGUCCCUCCCUGCCGAGUGCUUUCUGCUGUCCUGCCUGUCACCAGGGUCUCAGGCCAAGCCAGUGGUGGUGGUCACCAGCAAGUGGCACUGUUACCCCACUGCCUGCUGCCCCCACCCUCUGCUGAGCCCACUCAGUUCUCCUUUAUCUGACCACGGUACCUGAAAGGAGUGGGUGCCUUCCAGGAAGGCAGAUCUCCCCACACCCAGGGUAGUAAUAGCUGCUGCUGUUUCCUUUCCCUGUUUAAAGAUGUUGGGGCUUGAAAGCACCCAGGAUGUGCUCAGCUAAGUGAAGGCAUGGGCAGUUUCAGCUGGACCUGACAUUUUACCUCACUGCUUGUUUCUUCCACAGUCAAGGUGGUUUUAUGGCUCUUUGCUCCCCAAGACCCACAGCGUUGAGCCUUGUGCCACGUGGGCCAGGAUUAGUCAGACUCUGCUAGGGAGAAGCUGGAAAUGUUUCUGUAGCACACACAGCCUGGGGCCAGGGAUUUCCUGUUUGAGGCUUUUCUGUGGCAGGGAGACUGCUGGGCUUAAUCACCUCACAAAAUCCAAUAAAUAUUUAAUCCCUCUGCGGACAUAGUCACUUCCAGUGGGAAGGAAAAUAACUUCACCCACAGCAUCUGAGUAAGAGCCUCCCUGCAACUCAGUUUGCUGGCCCUGGCUUUGAAGUUGGAGCUGGACUGGACUGCUUGUCCUCUGCAUUCCUGUGUCACCAGUGUGUGGUCACUUGGAGUGUGCAGAGCAGUGGCAGGAUGGCAGAGCCCACUGCUGUCACAGGGCAGUGUCAGGAGCAAGAGAUGGGCAGGAAGGGUUGUUGAAUUAGUGCUGUGGUUAACAGGGACAGGUCACUGGUGUGUGCUGCAAAUCUCUUCACAGGCUGGGCAGCUCCAUUGGUGUGCCAGGGUGGGGCUCUGGACCAAGCAAAUGGAGUGAGGCUUUAGUUCAUUUGUUUGGGGUUUUUUCUCACUUGUAUAAAAUCAACCCCUUCAUGGCUUUUAAGGUAAAGUUAUUUUUCAGUUGUUUGAUGUCUGAGCAAUAUUACAGUCAAAACUUAACCCCUGCCUUGAGGGUGCAGCAGUUGGGUGUGUGCUGUGCUGUGUAGGGUGUGUGUGCCAUGCCACAGCUCCUGCCCCCUGCUGCUGCCCCUCAGGCCCUGGCUGUGCCACAGGCUGUGCUGCCUCAGCCCUGGCUGGCAGGGACUGGUUUUGUGUGUGUGUGAGCUGUUCUGGGCUCUCCCACAGAUCCUCACACAUGCUGUCAGUGCAGGUCAGUGGCUGGUGCUCCAGCAGGGCUGGACUCUGCACAGGAGCAUUGCAGGACGUGGCUUUCAGCAGUGAGGCUCCCCCAGCUCCCACCACGGACUGCUCCCCACUCUCACUGUGCUCAUCACCUGCCUUCAGCUGUGCUGACAGAACCAGCUGUGUUUACAGGGCCAAAAGUUCAACAAGGAGCCUUUAGCCCUCCUUAAAACCUUUUGGCCAGACAGAGCCCUCAGGGAACCACGAGAGCCUUGAAAACAGGGAUAACACUGUGACUUGGACAUCAGAACAACGGUGGUCCCUGAGCAGGGACCUGCCUCAGUGGGGAGCCAAUGGACUUGAUACUUGACUUUUGUGUUUUUAAUAGUGUUUUCAACAUAACACACAGAAUGUAAGGUAGGGAAAUUCCUGUAGUGCUGGAUCUCCUGUCACAGCCUCAGGAAGCCAUUUGUGCCAAGCUGGCAUGGCUUGCAGAGAGGUGAAAAAUCAAAUAACUCUGCAUCUGUGCAAACUUGAGCUAGGACUGAACAGUGGAAACACUCCAGUGAAUGGGGUUAUUUUUUUACAAGUGAUUGGUUUCCACACCAGUCUUGCCUGGAAGUCUGAUUUGCAGAGGAAUUUGUAUGAUAAGUUUAAAUCCAGCCCUGUUCUGGGAAGCUCUUAAGCAUAGACUUAAAAUAGGCAUGUACUUCACUGUUGUUAAAGUGUUUAUUCUGGUGAACAAUUGGUGAACAUCCCUCGGGUGCUGUUCCUGAACAGGGGGCUCAUGAGAGCUGUCCCUCCAAUGUACUUUUACAGAAAUAAGCAAUACUGAAGAAAAAUUGGUGUUACUGAUCUGGGCACACUUCUUGGAAGAGUCUGCAAGUGCUGGGGGGAGAUACCCUCUCUGUGUUUGAUUAGUUAAUACUUCAGACUCUGGUGCUUUUCAAAAAAAAUCACUACAUUUCUGUAGCCAUGAUUUACCCAAGGGAAUACAUGUUGUUUUUUAUGGUAGAUGUUAUUUUUCUUUAAGGUUACGAAUAGGUUAUUUAUAUUUUUGUAAAUUCUGCGCCGUUACCGUUUGUAACUCUGCUGUAGCGUUGUUUCUGUUGGGUUUGGGGUGUUGUCUGUGUUCAAAUCAAGCAGAAGCUGAAGCUCCUGCCCCCUGUUAAUGGAAGAGGGGGUUGGUUCCUCACAUUCCUCCAGACCUGGUGCUUUUGAGUGAUGUGUGUUUGUAGCUCAAUAAAUUUUGGAGCCAGA